AUGCCUUCACUCACCACCACCUGCGCGACCACUGCAACCUUCUCCCCAGCGCACGCGACGCAGACGCUAUCCGCGGAAGCCAAAGAAGGCCCUACCACAGUCAGUCCAUACUACGCGGAAAUCGAAGCCUUUCUAUUCGGUGACUUCGAUGACGAGGCUCUCGGCGGUGCUGUCGGAUCAACGCCCCUCAUCGACGAGAUGGACAUCGAAAUGGAUCUGGAUCUGGAUGUCGACAGGGAAGCCCCAGCCACCGAGCAAGCCGCAGAUAUCAUCGCGAACACUGAUGAUGCCGCAUACGCUGAGGCUACCGUCGCCCCUACGGAAGAUGUCAUGGUCGAGUACAUGGGCACUGCGUGGCCAUGCAACAGUGCCAUUCUGAGGCGUGAAUGCGGCUCGCUGCGUACCAGCCUGGAGAGCAUGGACCUGACUCUCAGCGAGAGCGGCGAGCUCCCGUGGAUCAUCCUGGACCGAUUCUCCGAGUGCGAUUCUCCCGAGGUCUUCUACUCAGUUCUCGAUGCCAUGUACACAGACCACUGGACCUGCAGCCAAACCUGGGAACUGGAGUCGUCCUACCUGACAUCCGUGAAACUCUACCUCAUCGGCAUGCACUGGGACAUCCUGGCGCUCCGCCAGAUCGCGCUGAACGACAUCUUCGCGCUGACCAGCAAGCUCAACGAGAAGAACAACAAGAACAAGACCGAGCAACGCAAGAACCGGGACAUGCAUCUUAUGUCGUUCGUGCGCGCCGUGCGCCUAGCCCUCAAGCACGACUGGCACGCCAAGCUGUGGCGGGAGCUGUACCAGAGCGGCGAGGACUUGAAGGCGAAGCUCGUCGUCCAUCCCGGCUUCAUGCGCUGGGUCAAGAGCGAACAGGCGGGCAAGGAUUACGCGCGCGCUAUUGGAGUCAAGAAGUUGUGA